UGGCUUUUCCAACUACUAAGGAUACUUUGUCGCUCCUGACAUGCAGCAGUCGGAAGCUUGCUGCACGAUUUGUGUCAGAACGCGUCCAAUUCUCGCCGCUGCUGCCACUCUUUCACGUUGUCCACCUGCGAUCUCAUCGACAGCCGUGUGGUCGCAAUAUACUCAGGACUAUGGUUGUUCGGCAGCCCCUCAUCACGAAAUCCUGAGGACCUCGAGCCGGGCUCGCCACAAUGGCCAGGAACGUCAGGCAUUCGGCCUACACAACACGGGACGUCAGCAGCGAAUCCUCCUGCAGUGACGAGGAGGACGAUGAGCCUUCAGAGGAGUGCGAAGACGAUCGCUGCCGAGGUCCGACGCCGCCAAUAUGGCAUUGUGUAGAUUGCGACAGUUCCUACUGCAGUGAAUGUUGGGUGCUGCAAGGACCUCACAAGCCCAAGAAGAAAGGGCGAGAUGGAGUCCCGCACGAGAAGACGAGCCCGUUCGUGGUGAAGCGGCUGAAAGGCAUAUUAAACCCAACCAGAAACCCGGAUAUGAUCCAGAGACUCCACGAAGACGACGAAGCAACGAAAUGGUUUGGCGUUUCGAAAGACGCCACCGGGCGGCCCAACUUCGAAGACUAUGGUCGAUACGCAACUCUGAUGUCCAGCAUAUCGCCAGUCAAUAUUCAGGAUGCCGAGAAUCGCUAUCCGCAAAUUGUAUCUUUCAUUGGAGUUACUAACGCAGGCAAGUCCACACUGAUCAAGAUGUUGAUCAAUCACGAUUCGCACAGCAAUGCGAAUAACGCGGACCUGGCCCAGUUUCCGUCUCCAGUGGUUGGAAGUGUAGUCAAUGAUGCCCUUCCAACCUCCGGUGAUGUGCACCUCUAUGCAGAUCCCACGAGUCACACUGAGCAACUUCCGAUCUUGUACGCCGACUGCGAAGGUUUUGAAGGUGGUGAGCGGGUGCCGCUUGGCGCUCGUGCGAGAAAGCGGCAAAGCUCGCAGUUUGAAGCAGCACCAUCUACACAUGUGCUCACAAGACCUAUCGAAUGGGCCAACAACGAGGAGUCACGACAACGAGAAUUUGCUGUGACUGCGCUGUACCCCCGCUUGCUUUACACAUUCUCGGAUUGUGUGGUGUUCGUGCUUCGCAAUCCAAAAACGUUUCAAUCAUCGGUGUUGAUGAAGUUACUGGACUGGGGUGCUAGCUCUCUCGAAAAGUCGAUCGGUCAGCCUGCGCUUCCCCAUUGCAUUGUCGCAAUCAAUGGCACGGAUCCCAGCGUGGAUGACAAGGAAUGGGGCGUAGAUUAUGCCACACAGAGUCUGCUUCUGUCAGUAAAGACAGCACUGGAUCCAGUCGAGGGCGUUCCUAGGUUCCGCGAGCUGGCUGCGUACUGGAGAGGUCUGGGCAAGAAUAUCUAUAAUGUCGAGGAUCUGAUACUACGUUACUACAGCUCUUUCAAGGUCAUUCGCAUCCCCGCAAAGCCACGAUACACGACCAUACACGAACAAGUCGGAAAGUUGCAAGGCAUCAUCAAAAGCAACUGCGAGGAGUCUUUCCGUAACAAACGAAGAGCGCGCAUGUUGACCAAUGCGGAUGAGCUCAACAUCUACCUGCAGAGUGGUUUCGAUCAUUUUACAAGCCAUUUGGACAUCCCUUUCAAUUUCAUGCGAAUUUCUUUAUUGCGAAAUCCGAUCCCAAAUGACUUUGGCGGGCACAUCCUUCAGCUGUGCACAACAAUUAGCGCGCAGCAGCCCAAUCACCAACACGGACGUAUAGCGUGGGUGUUCGAAAAGUUGAGCGUAAUGCUUGCUUCGUGUGUUCUACUGGAUUGUGCUCGCUUUCGAAAAGGCAGAGUCGACGAGCUGUUCUCGAAUUAUGAACAGUUCUUUGACUGGGCAAUGGGAGAAUAUUUAGAGAUGCACUAUCCAUGCUCUUACAUCAGCGCGGACGGGACACGGCAAUGUAUGCUCGUGAAGGCACGCCACAACGUCAAGGGCCACCAAGACGAACAGGGAAUCAUUGCAACGGGCGACUACCAAGCUGCAUUCGACGCAGAAUUCUUACCAAAAUGGAAAUCACAGCUCACAGCCGCGAUUCAGCGCAUCGCGAGAGACUUCCAAUACGAGCUGGACACCAUCUCGGCGGGGGACGAGCCUUCUGUGCCUGAGGAGCGAAUCGCUCUGGAUUUGCACAUUGAAUACAUUAACCAAUUCUUUGAGGCGGUUGGACCUGCAUCAUCUAUGGUCAGCCACGCCACUUGCUUUUGCUGUCUAAUGGAUGUACCUGAGCAUCCAUUGCCCUGUGGCCAUGUUCUGUGCACAGCAUGCAUCAAGGCUUAUGGCAAGCCAAACAAGUCGAUGCUACAAGUAUCUUGCUGUCCACUGCACAGAGAAUCAACCAAUUGGGCCAAGCCAGCGAGCAUUCGCUUUAAGCCAGUGGGAGCAGGAGUACGCAUCCUGUCACUUGAUGGAGGAGGCAUUCGAGGCAUUGUUCAACUGGAAGUACUGCGGGCGAUCGAACAAGCACUCGGUGGCCAUCUUCCGGUGCAAGUGUUCUUUGAUCUUAUUCUUGGCACUGGGACCGGAGGCUUGAUCGCCACGGCACUAUCCCUCAAGGACCGAACGAUCGACUCUAUCACAGACAUGUUCUCUGCGAUGUGCGAUCAUGCCUUCACGCCGCGAUUGAAAGGUGUGCCCGUGAUCAGCCAGAUCGCGCAAAUGUUCGGGAGUGCACCAAAGUACAAAACGAAGCCUCUGCUAGGCGCACUAAAGACAGCUUUCACUGAGGAUGAUGACCUUUUCGGUGCGCACGACAAUACGAGGAACGGCGCUCGCGUUGCGUUGACGUCGACAAGUGCUACUGGCCAAGAAACGAUCGUGAUCGCUAGCUACCGUCGCCCUGAAGAUCCGAUACCUGCCUAUGCAUUCGAGCGCCCGCAUGAUCCAGACAUGGAAUUGAAAACAUAUGAAGCUAUUGCCGCUUCGCUCGCAAGCCCUGCAUUUUUCAAGCCUUUCGUCUUUCAUGGCAAGACCUACCUGGACGGAGGCUUGCGAAGUCCAAAUCCUGCAUUCAUUGCAGACCGAGAACGAAGGCUCAUAUGGCCUGAUCAAUUGGAACCUGAUGUCUUUCUCUCACUUGGUACUGGACAAAACAGAAUCACUAUCUUGCAAAAGCUCUCCGAUCGGCAGAAGGCUGCAUAUCCUACUUCCGCGCAAACAGACACGCCGGCUUCACCGACUACGACAAGGGCGAGCGGAAGAUGGCGUUCCAAGCGAACAGAUGAUGUGCUGGAAGCAGAACUUGCCUGGCAGCAUUUCCGACAAUUUGUUGUCCGCGAGAGAGCUGAUGGCAAAGGGCGAAGAUUUGUUCGAUUUAACCCGGAUCUGGACCGCGAGCCACCCUCGGCAGACAGCAAAUCCGAUCUCCUUUCGUUACAAGUCAAUGUGCGUAAACGCCUGCAGACAGCCCACAGACAAGCUGCACUUCGAAACGUUGCGCACAGGCUGGUUGCGUCUUCCUUCUACCUCGAGCUGCAAUCAAAGGCGACCGCAGAGAAAAGCGAGCAAGUUUGCUCUGGGGUGAUCACCUGCCGCUUCGACGAUGGCAGCGCAGAGUUGACGGGUCUAGGUCGUAUCAUCGAAGAACGACGGACUGAUGACUUUGUGCCAUACUUCUUGGUCAAGCCAGACAUGAACAAUGCCGAAUCGGCAUUUAGGAUACCAAUAUCCCACGCCAUCACUGAUCUCAUGAUCUCCAGGGCAGUUUUCGGCCUUCCGAAUGUGCAAAUUCCGCUGAAGAAUGAGAACAAUGCGACGUCCAUUACACUGUUUUUGACCAAGCAUGAUGGUCUGGAGCCGGAUGGCUUUGCGAUCAGUGGAUUCCCCAGAGUGCUACUUGGAGAGCCGAAGAAUGUGAAACCCAAACGUCCCGUGCGCACGAGCUCUGACCAGUUGCUGAGGCGACCAUCCUCUCGCAAUCCAAAACUUGACGGCGACUCCAUUUCCUUGAAUGGAGCUAACGUGCUGCCAUCCAAUCGCUCGACGCAUAGCAUGGAGUCGUGGCAGGACUCGCUUCGAGAUUCCAACGCCACGAGCAUUGAAAAGAAACAGUCACUGGCGAACCUCAUCGCCCAACAUCAAAGCUCUGGCCCUGGAAGCAUCAAAGCACGUACAAACCGAUUUUGGACCUACAUUGGUAACAAUCACAUGGCUCAGAACCCCGAAAUGUACACGCCAGAAGACCUAGCGAAGCACGGCAUAGAUGUUUCCGCAUUCCCCCGACCACCUUCAUCAGCUGGGCCCGAGCCACGAGCCAACACUUCCACUGGAUUCCCACCUAAUCCAUCUCCUGAACCAAUUGUUGAAAUUCCUACUGAAGAAGUCACUGCUUUGCCCUCUCUGCGCUCCAGAUAUGCCUUUCCACCGAUGUCCGGGAUCCCAGAAUCGGACGGCGACAGAGACGACCACCACCACCACCAGCCUCAGAACUCAGGUUCACACCCCCUUCAGGCGCUGACACAGCCGACGCAGUCGCAGAUAGAUCUCAAUCCCCAGAUACCCACACGAGAAGCCUCAGCAGCCUCAACGCACUCGACCUCGCAAUCAUCUUCCAAUACAACUACAACAGCACAGCGAUCCAGCAACACUUCUACCCGACAACACGGAAUACCCAGCAUGUGCGAGACAGAGUUCGACGAAGACGACGAUUGGAUCUCGACAUACAGCGGGGAAGAAGUGACGCUUGCAGAAGCGCAAGCAAGUCCGCUGGUUCAGUAUCCGCCCCAGUUUCCCGUCCGCCAGAGCAGUUGCGGCAAGCUCAACAGCAAGUUCCAACACAUGAGUACGACCAACGAUGCGCUUCCCGUCGAUCACAGCGUCGCCGCCGAGACGAACGGGUACAGCCACGCUAAAUCACUACCGCCGCGUCCUCCCGCUCCCGCCUAUGCAGAUCCGCCACCUCCUAUCCCGCCUCGAGCACAGCGAUCGAAUCCGAAUAACCCCUUGGAGACUGUGGUCGCAGGCGCGAUGCCUGAUCAAAGUACAACAUCCGCUCUCGAUCGUUGGCUUUCAUCACAAAAGAGCCAGUCAUCUUUGAUACGAAAACAGAACGAACGGCUCAAGGUAGUACAUGAGGAAGAGGAAUAAAUCUUGUACAUUGGACGCGUGAGUAGAGGUCUCUUGGUGCUACCUCUUUUAUGGGUACUUCAGGUUUCAAAAUAUUGGGUGGAGCUCUGUUGGUAUUCAACUUCGUUUCGCAAUCGAGAUAUGGGUUUACGACUUUCGGAAAAGAUCUACGGUUUCUUGGUGAUGUAUGAUAGAUCUUUCGGCAUGUGAGGAGUAGGAUUUGUAUACAAGUG